AUGUACAUAAAGCUUGAAACAACAAGACUUGAUUAUUUUAGAAAGAAACAAGCAGAAAUCAGAGCAGAGUUAUUCCAAGGCAUAGUCGAUAGUGUAGCUGCUGGGGAAGUAAAAGCAUAUCAAGUCGGAAAAAGAAUAGUGCUGCCAUCAUUAUUUAUUGGUGGUCCUAGAGAUAUGCGUCGUAGAUAUCUUGAUGUAAUGUCAUUAGUACAACGAUUUGGCAAACCAGAUUUUUUCAUCACAAUGACAUGCAAUCCUGAAUGGGAAGAAAUCACGGAGGAGCUACAUCCAGGACAGACACAUAAUGAUAGACCGGAUCUAACCUCAAGGAUAUUUAGAGCAAAAUUGCAAGACCUGAAAGAUCAGCUAUUUAAAAAGGAAAUCUUUGGAAAAGUUGCUGUCCAUGUUCAUGUCAUCGAGUUUCAAAAAAGAGGGUUGCCUCAUGCACACAUGUUAAUUAUUCUAAUGGGAAAGCACAAAAUCGUCUCAUCAGAUCAUUAUGAUAAGUACGUAUCAGCAGAAAUUCCAAACCAGUAUGAAAAUCCAAUCCUAUAUGAACUGGUAAAAAAACAUAUGAUGCAUGGCCCUUGUGGAGAGUUAGAUAUGAAGAAUGUUUGCAUGCAAAAUGGAGAGUGCAAAUAUCACUACCCUAGAGAGAGCGAGUGCAAAUAUCACUACCCUAGAGAGUUUUCUCCAAGAUCAGUACAAGCGAAAGAUGCUUACCCAAUUUAUAAAAGGAGCAAAAAUAAUAGAACAAUGUUGGUUCGAAACAAAAUCCUUAAUAAUCAAUGGGUGGUACCUUACAAUCCCUAUUUUCUGAUACGUUAUAACUGUCACAUCAAUGUUGAAAUAUGCUCAGGCAUAAAAGCAGUGAAAUACCUUUAUAAGUAUAUAUAUAAAGGCCAUGAUAGAGUGGCAGUAAACAUUGAGUAUAAUGAAGGUGAAAAUGUUGUGAAUGAAAUCAAAAAUUUUCAAGAUGCAAGAUGGGUAUCAGUUCAGGAAGCUUUCUGGAGAAUAUAUGAAUUCCAUCUUAAUGAGAUAUUCCCGGUUGUCAUUAACUUACAACUUCACAUGCCAAAUCAUCAAUAUGUUUUUUAUUGGAAACAUCAAGACCUAUCGAAAUUGAUUCACUUGGAACAUGUCUCCAAGACGAUGCUUACAGAAUUUUUUACUAUGUGUAAAAAAAUUAAAGAAGGUAACAAGAAGAAACAUGAAAAGGACCACGAAAAGGAGUUAUUAUAUGUGGAAUUUCCUGAAUGUUAUGUUUGGGAUUCAACAUCAAAAUCUUGGAGUCCAAGAAAACAGAGACAAGUGAUAGGUCGAAUAAACAGGGCUAAUCCAAUUGAAGAAGAGAGAUAUUACUUGCGACUAUUGCUUACUCACGUUAGGUGUCCAACAUCAUUUGAGGAUCUACUGACGGUAAAUGGUAUUCAUUACAAAUCUUUCAAGCAAUCAGCCCAGAAAUUAGGUCUUUUGGAAUAUGAUGAUAGCAUAAGAGAGUGCUUAGAUGAAGCCAUCGUCUUCCAAAUGCCAACAUCACUUCAACGUUUGUUUGCAUCUAUAUUGGUUCAUUGUGAGCCCACAGAUGUUAAUUGUUUGUGGGAUCAAUAUCUUGAUUCAUUAUCUGAAGACUUCUCAAGGAAACCAAAUGCUACUAGAGCUUCGGUGAUAAAUGAUACUCUUCUCAAUAUUAACUUCUACUUAGAGAGUAUGGGAAAGGAUAUUAAAAAAUUUGAUUUGCCACCUUUACAAGCAAAAACCAUUACAGAGGAAGGUUCAUACCCAAGAGAAAUAAAAGAAGAGCUAAAUGUAGAAAUCCCAACUGAUGAUCUAAAUGCUGCAACAAAACUCAACUAUGAACAACAUACUGCAUACACUACAAUAUUAACACGAGUUGAAGCAAAUAAAAGUCGAGUUUUCUUUAUUGACGGUCCAGGAAGAACUGGGAAGACUUAUUUAUAUCGUGUUCUACUUGCCACAGUAAGAUCGUAA